CCCCCCCCCCCCCCCCCCCCCCCCCCCCCCCCCCCCCCCCCCCCCUCACUUCCCUCCCCCAUCUCGGACCGUUGCACACCGAUCUCGCGCCGGCCCCCAAAUCGCCGGCGAAGCCCGCCUCCGCCUCCGUCCCCCGCCGCGCCGAUCUGCUCGCAAGAUUCGUCGGCCGGAGGAGGAGGAGGAGGGGAGGAAGUUGAGUUCUUGUUGGUUUCUUCCGCGGGAGCCGACCGCACAUGCCAACAACCCCCCGGAGCAGAAGCCAAGCUAGGACCACCAGGUCUUGGAUCUUGUCAGGCAUGGACUUCGGCGACACGAGACGCAAGCCUAAUUACGCGGGAAAGAUCGCGGUGGCUGCUGCCCUCACUGUCAUGUGCAUAAUUGUGUUGAAACAGUCUCCUGGUUUUGGCGGUACUAGCGUGUUCUCUCGCCAUGAAACUGGGGUGACUCAUGUGCUGGUGACUGGAGGUGCUGGAUACAUUGGCUCACAUGCUACUCUUCGUCUCCUUACGGACAACUACCGAGUUACCAUUGUGGAUAACCUUUCAAGGGGGAACAUGGGAGCUGUCAGAGCUCUUCAGAGGCUGUUUCCAGAGCCUGGGAGGCUUCAGUUUAUAUACACUGAUUUAGGCGAUCCGAAAGCUGUCAACAAAAUGUUUUCGGAGAACGCGUUUGAUGCUGUUAUGCACUUCGCUGCUGUUGCUUAUGUUGGUGAGAGCACGCAAGAGCCACUAAGGUACUACCACAACAUAACAUCAAAUACGUUGACAGUGCUCGAGGCAAUGGCAGCACAUAAUGUAAAAACUCUGAUUUACUCGAGUACUUGUGCAACAUAUGGUGAACCUGACACAAUGCCUAUUGUAGAGACAACUCCUCAGAUACCUAUCAAUCCAUACGGGAAGGCAAAAAAGAUGUCCGAGGACAUCAUUCUAGAUUUCUCAAAGAAAUCUAACAUGGCUGUGAUGAUCUUAAGAUACUUCAAUGUGAUUGGAUCAGACCCGGAGGGACGCCUCGGGGAAGCUCCAAGGCCUGAACUGCGUGAGCAUGGAAGGAUUUCUGGUGCGUGUUUUGACGCAGCAUCAGGAAUCAUUCCAGGGCUAAAGGUUCGAGGAACAGACUACCCUACUGCUGAUGGAACUUGCGUAAGAGACUACAUCGAUGUCACAGAUCUUGUUGAUGCUCAUGUCAAAGCUCUUGGUAAAGCCGAGCCUAACAAAGUUGGAAUCUACAAUGUCGGCACAGGGAAAGGUAGGUCAGUGAAGGAGUUUGUAGAAGCGUGCAAGAAGGCAACCGGAGCCACCAUCAAGGUUGACUACCUCGACCGGAGGCCCGGGGACUACGCCGAAGUAUACAGCAACCCGGCCAAGAUCUGCGAUGAGCUGAACUGGACAGCCGAACACACAGACCUCCGCGAGAGCCUUGCGACGGCCUGGAAAUGGCAGAAGGCGCACCCGCGUGGAUACGGGUCGGCCUGAUCCGGUGCUCGGUAGGUUCAACAGAAGUUCGCCAACACAGAUCCACGGGUCCAUGUGCAGUGAUAUAGCCUUGAGAACACUGGUCCUUUCGCCGUAGACACGUAGCAGGCAGCCACAGAAGGAUAGUGAUGUUAUUUCGCAGCACCUGGAAGAAGAUACAGAGAGAAUGGCCUGCCUGGCUUAGAAGAAACCAUCAUAUAUAUUAUAGGUUUUUCCUUUUCGUUGUUGACAUUUAAUUUAUUUUGCUGUUCGUUGGCUGAGGCAUAAUAUAUGACACAAAUACGGAGUGGUGCUGUAGACAAGUAGAUCGAUCUUAUGUACGAGGUACGAUGUGAAGUUAUGAACCAUCACGGUGGAUGGAUGGAAUGAUACGAAUAAGCAGUUAUUUGAACAA